AUGAGCUCCAGUAAGGAUCCACAGUCCGCGAUUCCCGCUGCGAGCAAAGGCUCCUGGUCGAGCUUUUUGAAGUCGAUCGCUUCUUUCAACGGUGACCUUUCCUCAUUGACCGCUCCCCCCUUCAUCCUCUCGGGGACAUCCCUGACGGAAUACUCUGCCUACUGGGCCGAACACCCAAGCCUGUUUGUGGCUGCGGCCAGAGAGGCUGAUCCGGAGAAGCGAGCGGUGGCUGUUCUGAAAUGGUUCCUGAGCACACUUCGUCAGCAGUACUGCUCUCGCAGCGAGAAGCUGGGCAGUGAAAAGAAGCCCUUGAACCCCUUCCUGGGUGAGCUCUUCCUCGGCAAGUGGGAGAAUGACCCUGAAGCCGGCGAGACUACCCUGAUCAGUGAGCAAGUCAGCCAUCAUCCCCCUGCCACUGCCUAUGCGAUCACCAACGAGAAGCACGGUGUCGAGCUGCAAGGAUACAAUGCCCAGAAGGCUUCCUUCUCCAACACCAUCCAGAUCAAGCAGAUCGGCCAUGCUCUACUGACCCUCACCCCACCGUCGGCGGACAAGAACGACCCGGCCCAGAAAGAGCGCUACCUGAUCACCCUGCCUGCGUUGCACGUCGAGUCCCUCAUCUACGGCACCCCAUUCAUGGAACUGGAGCGAUCGACCAUGAUUGCCAGCAGCACCGGCUACAUCGCCAAGAUCAAUUACUCGGGCAAGGGCUGGCUGAGCGGCAAGAAGAACACCUUCACCGCGGUGCUGUACCACGAGAAGGACGGCGAAAAAAGGCCCCUGUAUACCGCCGAGGGCCAAUGGUCGGACACCUUCGUCAUCAAGAACGCCCGCACGCACAAGGAAGUCGACCGCUUCGUUGCUAAGGAGACGACGACGAGCCCGCUGACGGUCGCGCCGCUGGAGGCGCAGGAUCUAUGGGAGAGCCGACGCGCCUGGCGCGACGUCGCCGCGGCCAUCGAGCGCGGCGACAUGGACGCCACCUCCGUCGCCAAGUCGAAGAUCGAGAACGCGCAGCGCGAGCUCCGCAAGGUCGAGAAGGCCGAGGGCCGUGACUGGGAGCGCCGCUUCUUCAAGCGCGUUGACGAGACCGGCGACGAGGACUUCCAACGCCUCGUCCGCAUGGUCGGCCUGACCUCGCUCGAGAGCGACAAGACCGGCGGUGUCUGGCGGUUCGACAAGGAGCGCGCUGUCGGUGCGGCGCCGCCGUAUCACCAGAGUGGUGGUGAGGGUCUGGGUGUGACUGAGUAG